AAACACAAACUGAUGGAGGGAUCUCUCUCUCGCCUUGCUCUGGGCUGGCUCACCUUCUCUCCCCCGACCGGGCGCCGCUGCUAGAUUUGUGACCGAGGAACGGGUUAGAUAGAUGGAGAGCGACAACGCAAGUUUGUGGGAGACCCUACUCUGGGCUCAGCCCACCUGCGGCGAGUGGAAGAGCGGGGUGGAGGGCUCGGUGUACCAGCUGGCCAACGUCUUCUUCACCCUGGGCUACAUGGGCGGCAGCGGGCUGGUGGGACUGCUGUACAUCAACCUGCUCCUGGCCGCCGCCUUCCUCUGCACCUCCAUCUGGGCGUGGACCGACGUGUGCGCCGCCGAUAUCUUCUCCUGGAACUUCGCCCUGGUCGUCGUCUCGGCCGUGCAGCUCGUCCACGUCGCCUACCAGCUCCGCAGCGUCUCAUUCCCCGAGGAGCUGCACAACCUGUACGCCGCCGUCCUCCAGCCCCUCGGGGUGCCACUCACCGUCUACAAGAAACUGGUCACUUGUUGCAGCCUGGUCUCGCUGGACAAGGACCACUGCUACGCCAUGGAGGGGAAGACUCCCAUCGAAAGGCUCUCGCUCCUCUUGGUCGGGAGGAUUCGGGUGACAGCCGACGGGGAGCUUUUGCAUUAUAUUUAUCCGUAUCAGUUCCUCGAUUCGCCUGAAUGGGACUCACUCAGACCGUCGGAGAAUGGGAUAUUUCAGGUGACACUGACGGCCGAGACCGACUGCCGUUUCGCAGCUUGGAGGAGGAAGAAACUCUACCUGUUAUUUGCCCGGCACCGCCGUAUAUCCAGACUCUUUUCCGUCUUGAUCGGCAAGGACAUCGCGGACAAGCUGCACUCUCUGAACGACAAGGUGUGCGUCAGCAGUGGCCUCCGCUACGACAUCAGGCUGCCCAGCUUCUACCACCUGGCAGUGCCCAUCAGCGAACUCUCGGAGCGGAGAUCCAGGCGGCUCAAACGGGGCGCGGGGCCAGAAGGCUUCCCGACGGCCGGGCCGCGGCUGUGGACUGGGAACGCGCCGCCGGAGGCUUUUAUCGAGACGCCGCGGUCUCAGUGCCUCCUGGAUCGCCAUGUGGAAGCCUUGGGUUGGGGCACGUCCGGGGCCUCGCGGAUGGAAGCCCGGGACUCGGGCAGUCCCAAUGCCUCUUGCCAAUCACAGCUGGCUUCAGAGUUUGAGACCAGCCUCCUGCAGCCCUGCAAGUCUAUUUUAGUCGAUGCACACAGCGUCGCGCUGGCCCGCAGGAUGAACGCCACACAGGAUUACUUGAGGACGCUCAGCUUCGUGGUGGUGAACGCCACCAGCUCUGCCGCUUCGGACGCGGGCUUCGGCAACGGCACCGGGCUCUUCUCUGCCGGGACGGAGAGCUGCGACAACUGGAAGGAGAUCCAACAUUUAAUUUUCCACCUGGCCAACGUCUGCUUUGCCGUCGGCCUGGUGAUCCCCACCACCGUCAAGGUCCACAUGAUACUUCUCCGCGGCAUGAUCAGCAUAGGCUGUGCGCUCUUCAUUGCCUGGGCAGCACUGUACCGGUGUGCGUUGGACAUCAUAAUCUGGAACUCCCUGUUUCUUAUCCUCAACAUGAUGCAUUUUAUCUACCUGGUCUACAAACGGAGACCUAUAAAGCUUGACAAGGAGCUGAAGGCACUGUACCGGAGGAUGUUUGAGCCUCUUCAUGUUCCUCCUGACUUGUUCCAAAGACUCACGGGGCAGUUCUGUAGUAUCAUGACCCUUACCAAGGACCAGACCUACGCCGCGGAGGAUAAAACGUCUGUUGAUGACCGGCUUAGUAUCCUGCUCAAGGGAAAGAUGAAAGUCUCAUACCGGGGCCACUUUCUGCACAACAUUUACCCCACCGCCUUCAUCGACUCACCGGAAUUCCGAUCGACCCAGCUCAACAAAGGGGAAAAAUUCCAGGUCACGGUGGUGGCUGAGGACAACUGCAGGUUUCUCUGCUGGUCCAGGGAGAGACUGACUUUCUUCCUGGAAACCGAGUCGUUUCUUCACGAAGUAUUCAAGUACCUCAUCGGCAAAGAUAUCACCAACAAGCUGUACUCCUUGAAUGACCCAACACUAAGUGACAAAGCGGCCAGGAACUUAGCCAGGCAGCCGAGCCUGUGUUCGCAGCUCUCCAUGAUGAGAGUGAGAAACAGUAUGGGCAGUGCCAGUGAUACUGACGAGGGUCUCUCCUACUUCCUACACGGAGGUUCCACUGCCUCGUCAAUCCAGCGGUCUCCAUAUGCUAAGACCGGAAAAAUGAGGCCCAUAGAGGAGAGCAUUGAGGACGAUGUCUUUGAGUCGCCUUCACCAGUUGUCCAUGCUGCCCCCAACUGGUCCUGAGCUCAGCCUAAAACAUCUUGCAAAUAAGCAUUGUUACUCUCAAGCUCUAAAGCAGAGGCACAUACGGCCAGCUGCGGGAAUGGUGUAAUAUGUACAGUAAACCCUCGUUAUUACGGACCUGUUUACAACAGAUUUGGGUUAUAGUGGACUGUCUAUUUGAGAACAGGUUGCUAGUUACACAGCAGAGAAUAUUGAAACUGACAGGCAAUUGGCAUUGAAAAGAAA